AUGGCAGCUGCGGGAUCUGCUGGGGACUCUGCGGCGAGCGGAGAGACUGCACUGGGGGGGACUGUGCUGCCAAAAGUGUGGCCAGUCGACGACCAUGUCGCUUUCAUCGGCGACGAAACCCAGAUCACAACGAAGCCUAAGAACCGCGAAGAAACUGAGGACGAAAAGCAAAGGAGGGCGAACGGUAUGAAAAUCAAGGAGGAUCUGAAAAAGAAAACACCGGAAGAGAAAAAAGCCUUCUACGUCGAACAGAAGGUCAACCGGCAAGCGGAAGACCAGAAGAAGAAAAGGACGUUCUCCUCGGCGGUGGGAAGCGUCGAAGAGAGCCGAGACGUGGCCGCGACUAACUACAUCCCGUUCAAGAAGUGGGCUCAGCAGGAGAUGAGCUUGAAGGUUUACAACACAUUGCCAGAAGCCCGUGUGGGGUGGGACAAACACGUGGCAGACCCCGCGACGGUCUCGAUCGUUGAGAAAGGAGAGACCUUGGUCCUUGACUACGGCGGGGUUGAGGUGCGAGGACGCCAGGCCCACAGUCUGAAGUCGGCCCUGCGGCAGAGGAUGGACAUCUCCGAGCAGAAGGAUUUGGAUGAGACGAGAGGCGGAUCUGCAGAUGCAGGCAAUUGCCAUAGAGGAGGUCCAGAGGCAGGAAAAGGAGGAGAGAAAGCGGAAGAUCGAGGCCGCCUGCCUCUGGAGAAGUUGGCCCUGCAAGCCUCCCGGAAGAAGGCGAUCCAGACGAUGGGAGAUGUUGCCCUCAGGAACCAAGCGACAAUCGCAGCGCUCUCUGCUGAGAGCCAGAAGCUUUGUGAGUUUGAGAACCAGGACCUGGAGGACGACAUGAAAGAAAAGAUGGGGCACGUCGACCGGGCUCUUCAGGUUCUGAGUGAGGAGAUCGCCAAGUAUGACUCUCAGUGGGAGAAGAAGGAAGAGGAGGGCACAACCACAGCGGAUGAGAUGGCCGAGCUCCGAGGGGAGAUCGCUGUGGUCCUCAAGGGGUUCCACUCCAACAACGAUGCAGCCAGGAACGUGAAGAACAAGAUCCAAGACGUGCGAAUUUGGAUCGCGAAGACGAAGAAAUCGAUCAACAGCGAGAGAAAGCAGCGGCCAAAACAGCCGCUGGAGCUGAGGGGUGAAAGCUCCUUUGGCAGCGUGGACUACAGCUUGAACACCAAGCAGCGCUGGAUUGUGGGUGGCGAGUGGGUCGAACUCCUGCUGCCUGGUGAUAUCCAAGAAAGCAGUCGCCAAAAGGCUGAAGUGAAGGACCAGCUGAUCCGGCAGUACCCUGAAACUGGCGACUCCGAGGGGGAUGCGAUGACAGGAUUCCCGGCCGAGAUGCAGGCCGCGACCUUGGCAGACGUGCCCAAGAAGCUCAAGAAGAUGAAUGCCAAGGAUUUGGCCCAUCCUGUGAAGUCCAAGGGUUGCCUGGGGGAGACUGUGCACAGCCUCAGGAUGCUGGUGGCACGAGAGUCGCUGGCUGGGCCAAUGAAAGCUUUCUUGGAGAAGAUGCAGUCGGAGGGCAAUAUCCAGGAUGGCGAUUCUUACUUCAAGAUGCCGGCAUGGCUCCGACAUAGGUGGGACUCCUGCGGCGAUGCUCACGAUCCAGCAUCGGUGCCCCAGCUGUGGCGACGGCAAUGCCCCGGUGAUCCAGCAUCGGUGCCCCUGCUGUGCACUGUGCAUUGGUGCAUCCAGCAUCGGUGGGACUGCUGCGGCUAUGCUCUGAUCGGCCAACACGGUCAGGGUACCGAGGAGAGCACAACGGGGAUGCACAGUAACAUGCUGUGCAGCAUGGCAUCCGAGCAACCUUCGGAAUCCCCGAUCUUCCCAUCGCUGAUUGAUGUCUCCGAUGGGGAGGAAGCCCUUGGCGAGACUCGCGAGGAAGUCCUUCCGCUUGCUUCGCGAGGUGAUAUGCUGAAGACGAGCAAAAAGCUGCAGGCGGGAGACAAAGAUCUUGAGAUAUAUUGUCUCGAGCAAGAGCUCGAGGCUGUUAAAGAGGAGAAUGUCAAGCUCAAGCUCACGACGAAAACGCAGCAGGAUUCCAUCAGCGUCUUGAGCCAAAAGAUCCAUCAACUGGAGUCGUCCAGAAGCCAGGGGGAACGGUGGUUUGGCGACAAUGAACAGUUCACUUAUGUAACCAAGCGAGGUGUGGAGGGCAUUGCAAACCAGAAGAGUCUGCAGUGCCAAAGUUUUGACGGGAUUUGGGUAGGUGCGCCCGACCCGGGCUCCAGAGCAAACACCAUAUUUCAAGACGCCCCGACCGUGCAAGACAGGCGCCUGGCUCUCCUGGAGUACGCGGAGCGCGUGCCGGGGAGGCUGGUGUCCAAGAUGCAGGUGUUGCUAGCGCACACGGGAGGGGCGAUCAGGAACGUAGCCAAGAAGGGGGAUCCAGCAUCGGCCGUGGCCGUGUCCUACUUCCUCAAGGCCCUGGACGUCUUCCUGGCGGAGGGUCAGUGGUUCAGAGCUCAGCACCUGGAGCUGAUACCCCGAGAAGGGGAGGACAUCUGGAUAUGGACGGGGAAGUUACAAGAGGAGUUGGUAUUCAAGGACCUGCAGCUGAACCAGAGAGAGAGCGACCACAGCAAGAACGUGAUGACAUUUCCCCUGGCCCAAUAUUCCAAGUGGGGCAGAGUUAGCAGGCGUAUUGAAGGUAUGAUCCUAGCUGCGGCCCCAUCCGCUGUCCGCCAGGAAGUAAGUGCAGCCCGAAUAUCUGGACUCUUGAACGUAGUCUGCAGAUUGUACUGUAUCUACGGACCGGGCGGAUUGGCAGAACGUGAACUGGGCCUCCGCAGUAUCCAGGAUCCACCUACUGCGUCGACCACUCAGGAGGCUAUCGACCACUUGCGCCGCUGGCGCCGGCGGUGCCAGCGUAUGUCAGAGCUGGGCCCUUACAUUGAUAUCGGACUUGGAAACCAGACGACUGGCUCCCGCCAGGAUGCCUUGCGCGCCGUGAUGGCGCAACCGUCUCCGACUCCAACGGUAGAGGCUCUCGAUGAGAUUAUCGCAAAGCAUGAUGGUGACACUCGCUUAUUGGAGGUUGAGGACUCCUCGGAUUCACCAGAGGACAUCUACCGUUUCGAAGAGACUGUAGGUUUUGCGUGGAAGGGGCAGCCACAGGUGGAUUGGGAACAGACCUUUACCACUAUGCAGCCGUCCCUUUGGGAAGAUGAGUGGGAACCAGGAGUCGCGUUUGAGGAUCAAGGCAUCUUUCCUUCGGAUUCACCAGAUUCACAGGCCUAUGCACCGGAUGUCCCGAUAGACAUUCAGCGAUCGCUGUAUGAGAGUUAUCAAGAAGGAAGCUAUGUCGGUUCAGAUGGAAGAUAUCGUGACCCGCUUGAGGAUCAAGGCAUCUUUCCGUCGGAUUCACCAUCACAGGUUGUGCAUAACGUAUCUCCUUCGGACGUCAAGGGGAAUAUCCAAGAGUGGAAGAGUGCUGUUAUGGAUGAAGUACGAGCUCUAGAAGAAAUGAAGGCCAUUCGUAGAGUAAAGGGAAAGGAAGCUGUAGAGUUGGACCUGCAAGCCUGGAUUACGGAUGUGAAAAAUGCAUUUCUGUUGGCCCUUAUCCCACCGGAAGAAGGGGCACACAUAUUGCUUCGUCCGCCAAAGGUACUUGAAGAGAUGGGAAUAACGUCUCCGGAUGAGCUGUGGGAGGUGACCAGGGCCAUCUACGGCUUACGACAGUCCCCGAGGUGGUGGAGUAUGCAUAGAGACAAGGUUCUGUCACAGGCGGUAUGGAAUGGCCCACACGGUACAACCCGCUUGCGUCAGAGUACGGUGGAAUCUAACCUCUGGUCUAUGGUAACAGAUGAUGGAGUUACCGUGGGCUACAUGAUUAUCUACGUUGAUGACCUCAUGUUGCUAGCAAAGCCUGAAGAUGCAAGUGGUUUAUUUGAUUGGAUUAAGGGACGGUGGGAGUGUACCCCACUACAGAAGGCUACAACGGAAGAACCGAUCACGUUUUUGGGCGUAGAAAUCCAGGAGGAGACGACUGCUGAAGGCAGAACGGGAUUUUGCUUGCGACAGAGUGGCUACAUCGACGAACUUACAAGGAUCUAUGGAACGCCAUCGGUGACGAGGUCAGCGCCACUUCCGAAGGACUGGGUCAAGGAGUUGCCAGAACCAGACACCCCACUAUGCCCUCAUGUUCUAAGGAAGGCGCAGAAGAUUACUGGCGAACUUCUAUGGAUAGCACAGCGUUCCCGACCGGAUAUAGCCCACGAAGUCGGUCUUAUGAGUUCCUGGGUCAGUCGUGCCCCAACACUGGUGCACAAAUUUGGCUUGAGGAUCCUGGAAUUCCUGAAGGCGACAAGGGAAGUGUCGUUGUCAAUGACACCUAUUUCGGGCUCGUCAGCUGGAAUAGUGGUGUAUAUGGACGCUUCCUUCGCGCCGUUCGGAGGACACUCCAUUUCAGGAAUACUGGUACAGUAUCGAGGACGUAACAUUCUGUGGAAGGCGAAGAGGCAGAGUAUUGUCUGUUUGUCAACUGCAGAAGCUGAGUUAGUCUCAGCGUGCGAGGGCGUAGUUUUGGGAUCAAGUACGGAAGCUUUGAUGAAGGAGCUGGUCAGAGAUCUCGAUAAGAUGCAGUUGUUGGUUGAUAACAUAGCCGCGAUAGUUAUAUCUGAAGGAGGGGGAUCAGGCCGUACGAGGCACUUGAGAGUGCGAUCCUGCUUUAUUAAGGACCUGAUAGAUAAGGGUGAAUUAGCCGUAACCCACUGCCCAGGGGAUGUGCAACUGGCAGAUAUCUUGACUAAGGUUUUAGCAGGACCCCGGCAUCAAUUCCUUAGGGACCUCUUGGGUUUAGGCCCCAAUAACCCAGAUGUGACGAUCGCAGCGGUGCAACGCAGAGAGGUCAAUCCAGUCAGAGCAAGCCCCGAGAGGACUAAGCUUUGGAUUUGGAUUUUGGUAGCCUGGUUACAGGUGAUGGUUAGUGUGGGUGCCGACGCUGAUGACUCUGAUGGCCAAGCACCACUGGGCCCGGAGUUAUCUAUGAUGGUGUUGUUGUUGACAUUUUCUAUUUUGUUUGUUUGGGAGUCAGGUAAGGCGUGCCUGAACGCAUGCUGUUCAAGACGUGAGCAAGCAAGGGUUGCAGUUCUGCGAGCUGAGGCGGAUGAGCAACAAGAACGACGGCAACGGCGUCAAGAAGCAGUUAGGAGGGCUAUAGCUUCGGAGACAGAAGGCUUAAGGUUGAGAAGGGACGAGGGUUCUGAUAUACCAAGUCCACCUGAGAGGCCCUAUGUGCACAUUCAGGUUGAGGCUCCAAGGCCACCUCCUCCACCCGUCGUAAGACAGCCUGAUCGCCUGGACUUGGCAUCCCAAUCCACCGUGGAUUUACAGGGAGAAUCUCAGAGCUCCCACACCACCGGAAUUCCUCACACUACUGUUGAGCCGCCUCCACCUGUCCCGGUUAGGGGUUUGGUAGAGGACCAACCAGCUAGACGAGAGGUAGCCGUGCAGACAGUAGAAAGUAGGGGUUUGACCUUCGGAGAGCUACAGGAGCUUGAAGUCUUGACAUCUACGUCUAGGACCCCUGGUGUGGUUCACUUGUUUCCCGGAUGUCAUGCUCUUCGAGGGGUCAAUACCAAUCGGAGGCAGUUCUGCCGAUACUGUCUUCAGUCUGCAAGAUCCGGGAUUUAA